UUUUUGUUCUUCCGAGGUUGAUUCGCUUGCUCGAUCAAGGCCAGGUUCAUAUUAUAAUAUAUAUAUGGCAUCACUGAAUUAUGAAUCGGAAUCUGAUAGUGGAACAUCCAGCUCGACAUCCCUUUCUCUUACUAAAAAAUUAUUUGAUAAGUCAAUCACAAGAGAUGAUGUUUAUGAGGAAACAAACUCCAAUGUGUUUCAGACUUGUGCAGUUCAUGUUCCUAUGAUAAUUUCUACAUUGUUAGAGGAAAAAAAGCUCCCACAUGGCGGUUCGAAAUUUGGCAGGGUUUAUAUCCGACGUGAUAGAAAAGAGCGACAUGAUAUGAUUUUUGGUGAUUAUUUCAAAGGUGAGCAGUCAAAGUACACACCCGAUACAUUUCGGCGAAGGUUUCGAAUGGAUAUUGAUCUAUUUAAACGAAUUUGGCAUGCCGUUGAGAGUUAUGGUGAUUACUUCAUCCAAAAGACAGAUGCAGUUGGAAAUAUUGGGUUGAGCUCUUUACAAAAAGUGGUAGCAGCAAUACGCAUGCUUGCAUAUGGUUGUUCAGCCGAUUCUCUUGAUGAAUAUGUGCAAAUCGGAGAGAGCACCGCUAUUGAAUGUCUAAAGAAAUUUUGUGAUGCUAUAAUAGGAUUAUUUGAAGCAC